CAAGCUUGAUGAAGUUUCACACACAGUUGCUCGUCGACUGGCUGACCGUGCUCUAAGCUAGUCUCUGCUCCAGUUUUUUUCCCUCGUCCGAGGGGCGGAAGGGGUGACCGUCGGACGACCACUGGGGUGGACUGCUUUUGGUCAACAACCGUUGUGUGGCCCACUCGGCGUGCAUAAAAAACGAGCCUGUUUUGUGCGCCACAUGCUCAAGAGGACUGACCACUUUUUUGUCUUGUUCCUCGGACGCGGAGCGAAGGGAAAUUAUAAAAUAUGGAUCCUAAACCACAGAAAAUGCCCAAAGUGGCAAAGGUCAAAAACAAAGCGCCAGCAGAGAUCCAGAUUACAGCUGAGCAGCUUCUCCGUGAAGCCAAAGAGAGAGAUUUGGAAAUCCAGCCUCCGCCGCCAAAGCAAAAGAUUUCCGACAAGGAUGAACUUGCCGACUAUCAACUCCGCAAAAGAAAGGCAUUCGAAGAUGAGCUCCGCAAAAACAGGAGUGUUAUCACCAACUGGAUCAAAUAUGCCAAAUGGGAGGAAAGCCAGAAAGAGUUGCAAAGAGCUCGUUCAAUUUUUGAAAGAGCUUUGGAUGUCGAUCACCGAAACAUCACACUAUGGCUCAAGUACACCGAGAUGGAAAUGCGCAACCGGCAAAUCAACCAUGCCAGGAAUUUGUGGGACCGAGCAGUUACUAUUCUGCCAAGAGCCAACCAAUUUUGGUACAAGUAUCAAUACAUGGAGGAAAUGGUUGGAAAUAUUGCCGGAAGUAGGCAAGUAUUUGAAAGGUGGAUGGAGUGGGAACCAGAUGAGCAGGCUUGGCAGACAUACAUUAACUUUGAGCUUCGCUACAAGGAAAUCGAUCGAGCAAGAGAAAUUUACGAGCGGUUCGUCAUGGUGCAUCCCGAAGCAAAGCACUGGAUCAAAUAUGCCAGAUUUGAAGAGCAGCACGCGUUUAUUGUCAGUGCGAGAAAUGUCUAUCAAAGGGCUGUAGAGUUCUAUGGUGACGACGACAUGGACGAAAGGCUUUACAUUGCUUUUGCUCGAUUUGAAGAAAAUCAAAGAGAGCAUGACAGAGCUCGGGCUAUUUACAAGUACGCUUUGGAGCACAUUCCGAAAGAACGGGCACAAGAGCUCUACAAAAACUACACCAUCCAUGAGAAGAAGUACGGUGAUAGGACUGGCAUUGAAGAUGUCAUCGUGAGCAAAAGGAAGUUCCAGUACGAGGAGGAGGUCAAAGCCAACCCUUCUAAUUAUGACGCCUGGUUUGAUUAUUUGCGACUUGUGGAAAGUGAAGGAAAUCCGGACAUCAUUAGAGAGACCUACGAGAGGGCAAUAGCUAAUGUUCCACCAACAAAGGAAAAAACAUACUGGCGUCGAUAUAUUUAUCUCUGGGUAAACUACGCCCUUUUUGAAGAGCUAGAAAUGGAAGAUGAGGAAAGGACGCGCCAGGUUUACAAGGCCUGCCUUCAGCUGCUGCCACACAAAAGCUUUACCUUUAGCAAAAUGUGGCUUUAUUAUGCCAAUUUUGAAAUAAGGAACAAAAAUUUGGCCAUGGCUCGGAAAUAUUUGGGCAUGGCCAUUGGACUGUGUCCCAAGGACAAGCUCUUCAGAGGCUACAUUGACUUGGAAAUCCAGCUUCGUGAAUUCGACAGGUGCAGAAUUUUGUACCAAAAGUUCCUGGAAUUUGGACCAGAAAACUGCAUUACUUGGAUGAGGUUUGCUGAGUUGGAAACUUUAUUGGGAGAUCAGGAAAGAGCUCGAGCCAUUUAUGAGCUCGCUAUCAACCAGCCUCGAUUGGACAUGCCGGAACUUUUGUGGAAGGCCUACAUUGAUUUUGAAGUUGGCCAGGAACAGACUGAAAACGCUCGGCAACUGUAUGAACGGUUACUAGAAAGAACUUCGCAUGUUAAGGUCUGGAUGAGUUUUGCUCAGUUCGAGUUGCAAUCGGCUGGCGAGGAAGGCAAUGUGGAGAGAUCCAGGGGUGUUUAUGACAGAGCUAACAACACACUGCGUCUGGCCAUGGAGAAGGAUGAAAGAGUUCUGCUUCUGGAAGCGUGGAGGGAGUUUGAAGCCGAAUACGGUGAUGACGAGAGCAGAGAAAAACUUAAGACAAAGCUCCCGAAAAGAAUCAAGCGGAGGCAGAGAGUCCAGGCCGAGGAUGGAAGCGAUGCUGGCUGGGAAGAGUUUUACGACUACUUAUUUCCUGAAGACGAAGCCUCUAAGCCAAACCUCAAACUUCUUGCAGCGGCCAAAGCGUGGAAGCAAAAGCAGAUGGAAGGAAGCAGUAGUGAAGCUGAAUCAGAUGUUGCGGGUCCGUCAGGAAUUUUGGCUGCAGCCAGAGCCUGGAAAGAAAACCAGAGUGAGGAUGGUGAAAGCUCUGGGCAGCUGCCUGCUGAUAUCGACCGAGACGAUGCUAGCGAAAGUGGUAGUGAAGAAGAGUCUGAGAAAUCGGACCAAGAGAUGGAGCAGGAAAAAGAAUCAGAGGAGACAAGAGAAGUUCAAAAAACGUAAAAAUGUUCAACAUUAUUUUAGAAUUUUAAUUCUUUCCAUAAAUAAUGCAAUCUCUGCUUUUCCAAA